AUGGAUAAUGCAAACCUGACCCACCGAACCCGAGCCCGUCUUCAAGAAUGGGAUUCAGCAUUCUACAGCGGCGAUUCGGCUGGAACCGAGGACGUGCUCAAACGCAGCGACCUGGACGCCAACGCAGACGCCGCCGCCUCCGCCGCAUCCGCAUCCGCCUCCGCCUCCGCCGCCUCCGCCUCCGCCUCCGCCGCCUCCGCCUCCGCCUCCGCCGCCUCCGCCUCCUCCUCCUCCUCCGCUCAACCCAGUGGGUCGCCAGAGCGGGAGACCGCCGACAGUCAAGAGCCUGAUUCCACCCUGGGAAGUAUACCGGCCAGUCGAGACGAGGAAGGAUCUACCAGCGUCAUCACCACAACGCCGGGACAUUUCGACUUCAGCCGCCUCGAUUACUAUCUGCACAUCAUUGCCCAACACAGAGCAUUCAUAGCGCGUAUCCGCGGCGCUGAUGCCGGCGAGGCCUCCCACGCCAACGAUCCCUUGCAGGAUGAACCGGCUGCCGAAGACGCCGACCUCGAGCGUCCCGCGCCGACCAGCCAUCAAGCAACGCUGUCUCAUUCUCCAUUUGUUCCCGGGGCUCCUGGGUUUUCUCGAAUGGAACCGAGUGCGGCUGUCAGGAGACCGCCUCUGGACGAAGAGGACAGCGAGGAGGAGUUCCCGAUGCGUGCCAACGUUGUCCAUUGCUGGGAUGAUUGGAGAGAGCCUGCGCUACAGAGGGAGCGGGAGCAGCGUGCUCGGAUGGCGGCCGCCGUUUACGAAACCGCAGAGUCGGAGGUAGAGCGCACACCUCAGAGAGCAUAUGCGGAGAGCGUGCUCUCUGAUGGAUCGAGCGGUACCACUGCUGUAGAGGAAACAGACCUGUGGAGUUGGCAUUCUGGACCAUUAUCGGAUCUCGAUGUCCCUGCCGCUCCCAUGCAACGAGAGCCCUUCCGCUCCAGCGACUGGUACCCGGUGCUCUCCGUCUCGGUUGAAGAGAUCGCCGGUGAGUACUCAGACAGCAUCUCUUCGAUCGAUUUAGAGGAGUACGACAGAGGCAUCAUCACCGUUCACCCCAGACUCUUCAGCUCCAACCUCGAAUCUUCCCCUCGUGCACGAGUGCGAACAGUACGCAGGCGGUUGGUACAUUCUUCCACCGGCCUCAGGUCGCCCAUAACGGAGAUGGCGUACAUGGAACUGGAUUCCGGAGACGAGGCCGACGUGGAGGAGGACUGUAAUGAUGUGCCUCAGUCUGAGAGCGGCGGGAGCCCAGGUGGUGGCGGUCAGUCUUCUUCGCAGAGUGGUGAGGUGGGCGGCGGGUAUAGGUUGUUCGAGAUGGCGCGGGCAGGUAUUUUUCGGAGAAACAGGAGGCCUCCCCGGAGACGGGAACGUUACUGGUUGAGAUCUGACGUUACUGGAUGA